AUGAAUGAGAACGUCUAUCGAAAAGACGACAAUGUGCGGCUAGCAACUUCUAUUCUUAACGGGGGAAGCACGAAUGGAAAGCAGAUCAGUGUAGUAGGAGGCAUUGUAGACAAGCGGAAUGUGGCCAACAAUGAACAACCGAAGCCCUGGUAUCAUGGGAAUAUCACACGUGAACAUACUGAAAAAAUAUUAUCCGGACAGGCCGAUGGAACAUUUCUUGUGCGCGAUUCUACCAAUUUUCCGGGUGACUAUACAUUAUGCAUGGCUUUCAAUGGCAAGGUGGAACAUUAUAGGAUCUAUCAAUUAAAUGGGAUACUGACAUGUGACCACGAAGAAAAUUUCGAUAAUUUGACACAGUUGAUAGCGCAUUACAAACGAGAUGCAGAUGGCCUAUGUCAUCGUCUUAUAACACCAAUAAUCAACGAUAAAUAUAGAAUUACAAGAGACAACGAAUUUUUAGAAGAGCGAAUACAGCUCUUUCGUAGAGCCUCAUUAAUUAUCAGUCGAAAUGAAAUACAUUUAGGAGACAUUAUUGGUCAUGGAGAAUUUGGAGACGUGCUGUUGGGAGACUACGAAAAUCACAGAGUAGCAGUGAAGGUUUUGAAGCAUAGUGAAAUGGUGCAGUCAUUAUUGGACGAGGCAAAAUUUAUGAUUGGCCUAAAACAUGUGAAUUUGGUGGCUUUGCUGGGUGUUGUUAUUGAUGACUCUAGAGAAAUGUUCAUGGUAACCGAAUACAUGGCUAAUGGAAAUCUUGUAGAUUUCUUGCGUUCACGUGGGCGUUAUCAGGUGGAGAAAAUGCAGCUGACUCAGUUCGCGGUUGAUAUUUGUGAGGGUAUGAAAUUUUUGGAAAUUAAAAAUAUGGUGCAUCGUGAUUUGGCUGCGAGAAACGUGUUGCUAGAUGAUAAGCUUACUGCGAAGAUAAGCGACUUCGGACUUGCAAAAGAUGCCAAUGAGUGCCAGUACGCAGAAAGUGCGCUUAGCAAAUUUCCAAUCAAGUGGACUGCCCCAGAAGCUCUGCGAUAUAGUAAGUUUUCAACGAAAAGCGAUGUAUGGUCUUUUGGUGUGCUGCUGUGGGAGAUUUUUUCAUACGGAAGAGUACCGUAUCCUCGCAUCCCAAUCCAAGAUGUUGUGCGACAUAUCGAGAAAGGAUAUAGAAUGGAGCCACCGGAAGGAUGCCCGAUGGAAAUAUCACGUUUAAUGAAUGAUGCUUGGAUAUUGGAGCCAUCCAAUCGUCCCUCUUUCACUGCUAUAUUGCAAAGGCUUAAAUUCGUUUAUGCAAAUACCGUCUUCGUUCUUCACUCAUGA